AUGUUAAGGACGACCAAGUCCAGGUUCGCCGGCGGGUGUUGGGAGGUGAGGCCAGGCGGAAUGCUGGUCCAGAAGAGAAACUCCGACGCCAAUUUAAAUUCGAUUCCGGUGCCUAAAAUCAGAGUCAGAGUCAGGCACGGAUCAUCCUCUCAUGAAGUAACCGUCAGUUCCCAAGCCAGUUUCGGGGAACUGAAGAGAAUCGUAGCGGAGCGAACUGGAGUGAAGGAGCAGGAUCAGAAGGUUUCUUUCAGGGAGAAGGAGAGGGAUUCGAACGAGUUCCUCGAUGUCUGCGAGGUGAGAGACGGAUCAAAGGUCGUGAUGGUCGAGGAUGCACUGCGCCGCCUCGAGAGUACCGACAAGGCGGCGAAAGCCAUCGCAGCCGUCCGAUUCGAAGUAGACAAUCUGGCGAAGCAGGUUGCGUCUGCUGAAAUGGAGAUCGUCGGUAAGGGCAGGAAAGUUGUGGAGACAGAUUUGUUGAACUUGAUCGAAUUGCUUAUGACUCAGCUCAUCAAUUUGGAUGGAAUCGAUGCCCAGGGAGACGUCAAAUUGCAGAGGAGAAUGCAGGUGAAGAGAGUUCAGAAUUACAUCGAAACACUUGAUGUUCUCAAGAUAAGGAAUUCCCGGCAGCCGGCGGCGGCGAUUGGUCCUGUCCGGCGGCAGCAGCAAGAACAGGGAGGAAGGUGAAUGCGUCCGGGGAAGAAAUAAAUGGUAGUUAACAACAAAAUAGUAGAGAUGUAAGUUUGAAGUUUUUUAUUUAAAUUUUAAUUUGAUUAAUAUUUUAAUGUAAUGUACUGUGAAAUGAAUGUUUGUUUGUUUUUUUU